GCUGAUUUUAUAGUUUUUAAAUGGUAUUGAUAAGCACGUACCCGAGCACAUAACCAUCUUAGAAUUACGUUCACAACUUAUUAAGUUAUAAUCCGUACUCUGUCCGAAUGUCAGAAAUAAAUAAUAAUAUUAAAUCCUAAAUAUCAAUUAUGAUUUUCCGUUAAAAUAAUUUGUAGUAGGUAUUUGAGGAAAAAAGAACUACAAUCGCUCGAUCGAUUAAGUCGGUAUUUGACCUACAAACAUUUUGAAACAGUGAGAAAAUGUGUGUGAUCAUUUUCAGUCAUGUAUGGGAGUUGCGUAGGCUCGUGGCGUGUAUGUCUUGAUUUGAUAGCGAGACGACAAUGACGACCUGACCCAUGUGUUAAUUAUACAUAUGUAUAAAAAGACGAAUGCAUAUUGAAUGAAGUACGAGUGUAUAAGAAUUAGUUAGUCAUGCGUAGUAAUUUUGUAACACGUGAGUAGAAAACUAUUAGCCAUAGAAUCUGUUCUAAUAGUUUUUUUACUUGAAUGAAGUGUAAUUAUGUGAUAAUUAUUGUUUACAAGGAAUGCUUUCCAGAAUUUGUCAGUAGGUAUAAGGUUUUAAAUAGAAAUUUUUGACAAUGUGCAAUUAUCGAUAGUUUAGACUUUGCUUUUGGCCUGUAACAGUUAUCAGACAUUUUUCAUAGAUAUGAAUUAAUCACUUAAUAAUUAGAACAUAUAGGUAAGCCAUCCCUAUAGGUAAAUAUUAUUCUCUGUUUAAAACUGGAAUUGAUUCUUGCUGUUCUGUACUCGGUUGCGUGUGGUGCAUUUUUACAAAACGUAUAUUUUAAUUUAGGACUUAAUUCUUGUGACGAAAUGUGAUAAAUAUCCGUAACUUAUAAUGAAAUGAGUAUCCGUUAUGACCAUGAAGAUGUCAACCGCAUACAGCUAGCGACCUGCAAAGAUGACGGACAUCCGACAGAUUUUGAAAAUGUCGGUCCGACAAGUGCCGAAUUCCGGUCUGUCGACGAAGAAAACUUUAGCGAAAACCCUCUGGUGGUCAGCUCGAGUACGCUGGAAACACAAGGUGAAUCGCCUAAGUGCAUGUAUCAUUUACUGUCGCCGACUGUACCGGCCAAGACACCUGUAGACCCGAGAUUUUCUUCAGACAAACCACCCCGGGUGCGAAUGAUAUUGCCUGAGCUCAAUAGAGUUCUAUGCAGCAACCGCGUAAGCCAAAUGACAAAAACCUAUAAUGAUAUCGAAGCAGUAACCCAACUAUUAGCCGAAAAAGAAAAAGAUUUGGAGCUAACAGCGCGAAUUGGCAAAGAACUUUUGACUGGCAACCAGACGCUUGAAGCCAGGGUGGGAUUGCUUGAGACAGAGUUGAAGACUGUCAAUGAGCGUUACACACAGGCUUCAUACGAACUGCAGAAAAAAAACGACCUCAUCAAAAUACUCAGUAACGAUGCCGAUGAAACUGGCUACGAAGCAAAUGAUGAUGCAGUUGAAAACGAAAAGUAUUACGGCGUCAGUGUCGGUUAUUUGCAAUCACGACUCAAAAAUCUUGAAGACGAGAACCGUAGCUUGCGAGGUGAGGCAAACAGACUUGCAAUGGAAACCGACGAGGUAGAAGCCAAGGAAGCACAACUAAUGUCCGACUUUGCAUCUCAACUCAGUGUCACAAGGUCUGACCUGUCCGUCAUCAUGGAACAAGCAGACAAGCAUAGAGAUGAGAAUGUAACGCUGCACAACAACUGCGAGUUCUUACGCUCAAAGUUGUCCAGCGUUGAGACUUCGUUAAAAAUUAAAAAUGAUGAGAACGAAGAACUUAUGGCCAUGUUGAUGUUGGCAAGGGACACGCAAAAUGAGUUAGCAUCUGAAAUUGUCGAAGUGAAAAAACAAUACGAAGAAGUACUUACCAUGCUUCAUGAAUGUCAAACCGAACUCAAAGGAUAUAGGGACAAACACAUACCGCUAGCUCGAGCUGGCCCUCUAUUCACGUCUCUUCCGCCAUACUUGAACUCAAAUGGGCUGCACAGCCAUGGCCAUAGCUCGUUGGAGAGUUCAUUGUUUUCUGAACUCAGUCUGGAUUCAGGAAUAUGUACAGGACGAAUGUCUGGGGCGAGUAGUUAUAAGAAGUCUAUAGGAAUGAUGAAGUUAACGUCGGCUAUGGAAACAAGCACAAGAAACUUGUCCAGGCAAACAGCAUACAACGAUCUUACUGAGGAAUCUCCUACUCAUAGUGAUUGCGAUGAUUUCUCUGACACUGAUUCAUUUAUUAUUGAACAACCCGGUAUACCUGGUGCUCCUGGAUCUGAAGAUUUAGCCAAUGCCUUGAAACGUCUAACCCCAGCAUCGAUAAAAGCUCGACGCGCAGCAUUAGGAUCUGGUUUCAUGUUUGCUGAUCCUUAUGACUCAGCCGAUACAAGAACCCCUGACUCAAUUAUGUCUACUGGUAGCAUAAGUUUGACAACUUGGAAAACACCAAAUAAACUACAGUUGGUUAAACCCAUGCAAGGUUCAUUUACGCUACAACAGUGGAAUGCUCAAUCGGUUCCAUCUCUCAGCUCUAUUCUGGAAGAACAACCUCAAGGCGUGAUCAAAAAGAGUGAUUCAACUGCUCCUAUAGCAGGGCUUCCUCAAACUUUUAGACUUGACGAAAUCGAAGAAGAUGAACCUAGAACACACCCUGGAAAAAUGUUUCAAAUGUCCACCCACAUCACUACUAUUACCAAUUCAAGGGUCAUGCAUCCAGAUGAUGGUACAAGUGUUACAACCAGUGUUCGAGCUAGUGCCAUGUCAAGUGUAGUAAAUAGCUGCGUCAAUAGUCGUGUGCCUACCAGAGAGACUACACCCAUGUUAUCUAGGAGAAAUUCAACUACAACGUUUUCUACUAACUGUGGAUUAGCAGCCAUGUUAAAUGAAAGGGGUAUUAGAGCAAUCACACCUUCUGCCCUAGCAACACCUAUGUUUUCUACAACAGCCACACCUUGUAACAGUCCAUAUGGAUCGCCUGGUGGGUCCCCCGAUCGUUCUCGUUCACCUUCUCCAUCAGAUUCUCCUUACUCACAUCCAUUUGGAUUACCUGGAUAUUUGAUGCACAGUGGUGCCAAACUGUUAAGAAAGACUCUAACAGGCACUGAAAGAGGAACUGAACACCACAAGUCUCGCAAAUCAAAAUCACUUAUAAGGCCAGACAAAAAGACAUUGGCUGGUAUACGACUUGUAGAGACAAUGAAACACUAUAUACCAACUGUUCCACCAGAUAUGUCUGGUCAUCCUGUAUUCGACAUAGGAGACUGUGUCCCCCCUAAACCUGAAAAUGGUGCAUUGCAACGACGACUAAAACAAUUGGAUAGUGGCAAUGAUAGUGGAGGCCCCAGACUUCGUAUGGACUUGGGUACAGUAGGUUCAUCUGCAAAUGAUCCUCAACCUUCGCGAGGGACACUCAUCAGUUCCAUGUUUUUUGCUCGUAAAGGAGGGUUACUAUAAACAAAUAUAUUUAAAACUAGUUCGCUUUGAAUGUACAAUGGUGCAAUGUUAAUAUAUAAUUUUAUUCUUAAUAAGUUAUUGUGGAAACCAAAGGCAAUCAAAUGUAUUUGCUGGUAUAUUUAUCCUACUCAAUUGACCAUACAUAAGAAUCAAACAUAAUUGCAAAGGAUUUUUUUUUGUUUUUAAAUCAUUAAAUAUGAUUCCUUUAUAAACCCUUUUGUUUGUUCUAAAUUUCAAAAAAUUAAUAUUUAUGCAGUUCUAAAAAACUCAUUGAUAACAAAUUUUUUUUUCAAAUGAUAGACAAUUUUUUUUCUAUUAGUUAACCAGUUGUAGCAAAAGUAUUUUGGUAUAUUAUUUAUUACAUAAAUAAGUAAUCAUUAAAUUAAAAUGUUAUGUUUAUUAAUCAUUUAAUAGUCAUGCUUUGCUCAUGCCUAUGAUACGCAAAUAACGUAUUUUAGAUGCUUUAAGGUGCUAUAUAAUUUACA